AUGAAAGACCAGGCGGACCAAAAAAGAUCAGAGAGAUCCUUCUCGUUGGGAGACUGGGUGUUCGUGAAGCUGCAGCCAUACGUGCAGGUCUCUGUUGCAGCGUGGGCUAACCACACGUUGUCUUUCAAAUUUUUUGGCCCUUUCCAGGUUACAUCGCGCAUUGGGAGUGUGGCAUAUCGCCUGCAACUGCCGGAAGGGAGCCGAGUCCACCCGGUGUUCCAUGUUUCCCUACUCAGGGGAGCACUGCCACCGGGCGCUGAAACGGUUUCGUCACUACCGGAGCCUGCGUUGCCGUACUCGCCUCCUGACUUUCCCGAGAAGGUGCUGGCUAGGCGCCUGAUUACAAAAGGCAAAUCGAAGAUUCCUCAAGUGCUGAUCAAGUGGUCGUCUCAGCUAGAGGCGCUGGCGUCGUGGGAAGACUUCUUCGAGCUCCGGAGCCGGUUCCCAGGAGCUGCGGUUUGGGGUCAAGCCGCGUCUGAGGAAAGGGGGGAUGUCACGGCUGAUACUGCAUCAGCAUCCCGUCCAGAGCCCACCAGUACCACCGGGCGGCUCAAGAGAAGAAAGAAGCCCAACAAGCUCUUCGACCCAUCGACCUGGGAACUGUAA